AUGGUCGUUGAAAGCGGGAAGGAUCGCCCUGUCGAACUCGCCCUGUCGAACAAUGUCAACACACUCUAUACCUCCUCUGCUGAAUCCGUCUUUGGCCUGGACAUGACGCCGAGAGUGGCAACAUUCAGAGUCAACCACGCCAUCAUCGCCAACAUGAGGCUGAGGAAGAUGCCGCGUGGACCGAAGUCGUCACCAACGGUCUCCCAGAUCCGCGCCUUCGACCCGGCCAACCUUACAGACCACGCGGCCCCUUACAGCCUCAUCUCUGACGGCGUCGUCCUCGACUGGGGCCUGCGCAACAGCGUCGGCGUGGGCGAGCACCCAGUGACGACCGGCAUCUACGGCGUGGAUGACAGCGUCGACGGUGUGAAGCGCAACGGCCACGACGUGCACGAGAACAACCCGGUCGAGGAGUUCAACGUCUUCGGGUACCUGAACGGCACGGUCAUGGCGAACCAGGGGGCGAACAUUAGGUAUCCCCGCUGCUUCGCUGUGUGGCAGGUGGACAAGAUCCUAGACAACGACGGCCUGGUCAUCACCAAGCAAAUUUCUAUGCAGGAGAACACCACCCUCCAGGACGGGACCUGCGCGAGCGAUUACAUCCCCCCGGACUAG